AUGACCACCAAUCAAGACGAGGUGGACAAAACCACCUUCGCAGCAGGCUCUGCCUUCACACUCUACGACCUAGUCCAUGUAGAGCAGGGGGACGGGGUUAGUAGCCAGCCGGCGGUCGUUUUACAGUUGUUUCCCAACGACGGCAUGAAGGUCUUGAGCACCGCAAAUACCGUGCUGGACGUGAAGCAGAGCGGUAUUUAAUACGAAGAUGCUUUUUGCUUUGUUUUUGAUUGUUGUUCUGCUUGAAUUGAAAUGAGAGGCUUUCUCUUUCAAGGACAUCACGAUCAUCGCUUGAUAGACGUAGUAGUACACAUGAAAUUUUCAUGCAUGAAGACGAGCACGUGCACGACCAUCUUCAUGAUCAAAAAUCCAACUAAAUGCAACACAUCAUCACCAAAACAGAAUGCCAUCUGAAGUCCAACGCGAAGUCCGAGAAAACGAUAAGUGAAGCAAUAAAGGGGGAGUUCGGUCUUAAACGUGGCACGCAAGGCAGGCUAGUCCAGGCGGACAACGAUGGGCGUCUGCUUUACGAACUCGACGCAGUGCAGUGCCGGUUCAUGCAGAACAAACAAAUCUCCGGGUCAGGGGCCCAGACGAACCAGAGCACGCAGCGCAUCAUGCACAUUCUCACCGACGG